AACUACCAACCCAACGUCCGGGAGGAAAGGCGCAGAAACCCAACCAAAAACCCGUAAAACCACCACGGGUGAACCUCACACGUCUUCCUCCGUCCAGUCUGUCUCCGGCCCCCGCCCCCGCCACAUAACUCCGCAUCAUCCCCUUCCCAUCUCGUGUCCCCACCCGUGCCCACCAGAAUUCCAUUCGUUCGAUCCUCAGGUAGGGCGAGGGUUACAGAAGGAUACUCGGGGGCCGCAAUGCGCGUCCUCGCCGUUGCCCUCCUCGCGGCGGCGUGCGCGGCGGCGGCCGGGGGCGGUGGGGAGCUGCCGGGGUUCCGUGAGGCGCCGGCGUUCCGCAACGGCGCGGCCUGCGCGGGCGCGCCGACCAUCCACAUCGCGAUGACGCUGGACGCCACCUACCUGCGGGGCUCCCUCGCCGGCGUCCUCUCCGUGCUCCGCCACGCCGCGUGCCCGGAGUCCAUCGCCUUCCACUUCGUUGCCUCCUCGGCCUCCCCGGCGCGCCGCCUCGCCGCCCUCCGCCGCGCUCUCGCCGCGGCCUUCCCCACGCUCCCCGCCACCAUCCACCGCUUCGACGCCCGCCUCGUUCGCGGCAAGAUCUCCUCGUCCGUUCGCCGCGCACUCGACCAGCCACUCAACUACGCCCGCAUCUACCUCGCCGACCUCCUCCCCCGCUCCGUCUCCCGCGUUCUCUACCUCGACUCCGACCUCCUCGUCGUCGACGACGUCGCCCACCUCUGGGCGACCGACCUCGGCCCUGACGCCGCCCUCGCCGCCCCCGAGUACUGCCACGCCAACUUCACCUCCUACUUCACCGACGUGUUCUGGCGGCACCCCGAGUACGCCUCCAUCUUCGCCAACCGGACGCGGGUGCCGUGCUACUUCAACACCGGGGUCAUGGUCAUCGACCUGGUCAGGUGGCGCGCCGGCGGGUACACCGCGAAGCUGGAGUACUGGAUGGAGGUGCAGAAGCAAGAGGCCAGGAUAUACGAGCUGGGCUCCCUCCCGCCGUUCCUUCUGGUGUUCGCCGGCGAGGUGAAGGCCGUGGAGCACCGGUGGAACCAGCACGGGCUCGGUGGCGACAAUGUGGCGGGGCAGUGCCGGGAGCUGCACCCGGGGCCGGUCAGCCUGCUGCACUGGAGCGGGAAGGGGAAGCCGUGGCUACGGCUGGACGCCGGCCGACCGUGCCCGCUCGACGCGCUUUGGGCUCCCUACGACCUUCUCCGCCGCCGCGGCGCCCGCGACGACCUCCUUGCCGCCGUCGCCUGACAAUGCGGCCCACAUCGGUUCAGCAAUCGAAUUGCUCGCCUUCGAUCGGAUCAUAAUCCAUGGCUUGGCUGCUCGCUUCGCCGUCCCACGGGUGGGUGUCGGCGUCGGGACACUGGGUCACUGACACGCCGGCCCACUUGGCUACUCCGCAUUGGUCCCAUCGUAUGUCCACAUUGUCAGUCGAAUGGCGUUGGUUGGAGUGGCCCUGUCGGUACUGGCACGCGGGCCCACAGGUUGGUGGCCGAUGGGGUUUUGGGGCGUGGGUCUGAGAUGAGAUGGGCUGUGUACAGCUGGUAUUUUUGGCCUUUUGGGGUAUAGAUUCUUAAGAUUAUAUUAUUUAUUUGUUAUAGUUAAAUUCCUGUGGAUUUACUCUACAAUAAUAAUACAAUUGUACCAGGACUUUCUCUAUCUCGACA